CUCCUCUCUCUCUCUCUCUAUAGACUUUCUCUCUCUAGAAAGUGAUGCUCGUUUAGGAGAGAGAAAGAGAGAAGAGAUCAAUGGAGGCGAAUGCGGGGAUGGUGGCGGGAUCUCACAAGAGGAACGAGUUCGUCAUGAUUCGAAACGAAGGAGAAACUGGGCCCAAGCUUUUGAAAGAUAUGAAUGGCCAAGUGUGUCAGAUCUGUGGUGACACUGUUGGGCUCAAUGCAACAGGAGAAGUUUUUGUUGCUUGCAAUGAGUGUGCCUUCCCAGUUUGCCGGCCUUGCUAUGAGUAUGAGCGGAAAGAUGGGAAUCGGUCUUGUCCUCAAUGCAAGACUAGGUACAAAAGACAGAAAGGUAGUCCUAGAGUUGAGGGAGAUGAUGAAGAGGAUGGAGUUGAUGAUCUGGAUAACGAGUUCAAUUACACUCAUGGCAAUGGCAAGAUAGUACGCCCAUGGCAGCAAGGCCAGGAAGAAGAUGUUGAUUUAUCUUCAUCAUCUAGACAUGAGUCUCAACACCGUAUUCCCCGUCUGACCAGUGGGCAGCAGGUUUCUGGUGAAAUACCCGAUGCUUCACCUGAUCGUCAGUCCAUUAGAUCAUCAGGCCCUUUAGGCUAUGGAGAGAAACGGACUCACUCUAUUUCUAGUGUUGAUCCUAGCCUGCCAGUUCCUGUGAGAAUUGUGGACCCUUCAAAGGAUUUGAAUUCAUAUGGGCUAGGAAGUAUUGACUGGAAGGAAAGAGUUGAAGGUUGGAAGCUAAAACAGGAUAAGAAUAUAGUUCAGAUGGCCAACAAAUACCCUGAGGGAAAAGGAGACAUUGAAGGAACUGGUUCAAAUGGCGACGAUUUGCAAAUGGUUGAUGAUGCUCGCCUGCCUAUGAGCCGUACCAUGUCAAUUCCUUCUAAUCAACUGAACCUUUAUCGAGUGGUGAUCAUUCUACGGCUUAUCAUCUUGUGUUUCUUCUUCCAGUAUCGUGUAACCCAUCCUGUUAAUGAUGCAUACCCAUUGUGGUUAACAUCUGUUAUAUGUGAGAUUUGGUUUGCAUUGUCGUGGCUUUUGGAUCAAUUUCCAAAGUGGUCUCCAGUAAACCGGGAAACAUAUCUUGACAGGCUUGCAUUGAGAUAUGAUAGGGAAGGAGAGCCUUCGCAAUUAGCUCCCAUUGAUAUUUUUGUCAGCACCGUGGAUCCUCUGAAAGAACCUCCUCUUAUUACAGCCAACACUGUAUUGUCAAUUCUUGCUGUGGACUACCCUGUUGACAAAGUUUCAUGCUAUGUUUCUGAUGAUGGAUCGGCAAUGUUGACAUUUGAAGCCCUUUCAGAGACCUCAGAAUUUGCUAGGAAGUGGGUUCCCUUCUGCAAGAAGCACAACAUUGAGCCCAGGGCUCCAGAGUUUUACUUCGCACAAAAGAUAGACUACUUGAAGGACAAAAUUCAACCUUCUUUUGUUAAAGAGCGCCGAGCGAUGAAGAGGGAGUAUGAAGAGUUCAAAGUACGAAUAAAUGCUCUUGUUGCCAAAGCACAAAAAACCCCAGAAGAAGGUUGGACAAUGCAAGACGGCACUCUUUGGCCCGGUAAUAAUCCGAGAGAUCACCCUGGCAUGAUUCAGGUCUUUUUAGGUCACAGUGGAGGGCUUGACACUGAUGGUAACGAGCUGCCUCGCCUUGUAUAUGUUUCUCGUGAAAAGAGACCAGGCUUCCAACAUCACAAAAAAGCUGGUGCAAUGAAUGCUUUGAUUCGCGUAUCUGCUGUCCUAACUAAUGGUGCUUAUCUUCUAAAUGUGGAUUGUGAUCACUACUUCAAUAACAGUAAAGCUCUUCGGGAAGCAAUGUGUUUCAUGAUGGAUCCUGCUUAUGGGAAGAAGACAUGUUACGUACAGUUCCCUCAAAGAUUUGAUGGCAUUGACUUGCAUGAUCGAUAUGCCAAUCGUAACAUCGUCUUUUUUGAUAUCAACUUGAGAGGUCUAGAUGGUAUCCAGGGCCCUGUCUAUGUGGGAACUGGAUGCUGUUUCAACAGGCAGGCCUUAUAUGGGUAUGAUCCUGUCCUUACAGAGGCUGACUUGGAGCCUAACAUAGUUAUUAAAAGCUGCUGUGGUUCAAGAAAGAAAAAGAGUAAGAGUAAAAGUUACAUUGAUAAAAAGCGUGCCAUGAAGAGGACUGAAUCCACCACUCCCAUUUUCAACAUGGAGGACAUUGAAGAGGGUAUAGAUGGUUAUGAAGAUGAGAGAGCACAUCUAAUGUCCCAGAAGAGGUUAGAGAAACGCUUCGGUCAGUCACCAAUUUUCAUUGCAUCAACCUUCAUGGAACAAGGAGGCAUACCACCAUCUACAAAUCCAGCUUCACUGCUAAAAGAAGCUAUUCAUGUCAUUAGCUGCGGGUACGAAGACAAAUCUGAAUGGGGGAAAGAGAUUGGCUGGAUUUAUGGAUCUGUCACUGAGGAUAUUUUGACUGGAUUCAAAAUGCAUGCUCGAGGGUGGAUAUCAAUCUACUGCAUGCCUACUCGCCCUGCAUUCAAGGGUUCAGCUCCCAUCAAUCUUUCUGAUCGUCUCAAUCAAGUGCUUCGAUGGGCUUUGGGUUCAAUAGAAAUUCUUCUCAGUAGACAUUGCCCUAUUUGGUACGGUUACAGUGGAAGGCUGAGAAUUUUAGAGAGGCUUGCAUAUAUCAACACUAUUGUUUAUCCUCUUACAUCAAUUCCUCUGAUUGCGUACUGCGUGCUUCCUGCUGUCUGUCUCCUCACAGGAAAGUUCAUUAUACCAGAGGUUAGUAACAAUCUAUCAAAAAUUUGACUGAUUACUCCUUUC